ACCAAAAUUAUUAUAUCCACCAAGGGCAAACGAAACCUUGAGAAAAAACUUACAAAUUCCCAAACCUGAAACACGGCCAACUCCCGACUCCGAACGCGAGUGGAAAGGCCAAGAACCUGAUAUCCAGUGAUGAGUAGAGGAGAAGGAGGAGGGAGAAGGAGCCAUGGGAAUUACACCAACCCCUGCCUGACGAUGCAUCAGCCAUGGGCUUCCCUUUUAGUUUAUGGGAUCAAACGCAUUGAAGGCAGGUCGUGGCCAGCUCCCGUUCGAGGCCGCCUUUGGAUUCAUGCUGCAAGUAAAGUUCCAGAGGAAGCUACAAUCAAAGCAAUGGAGGAAUUUUAUAGGGAAAUCUAUGCAGUGAAUGGCAUUACUGAAAUUAAAUUUCCAGAACAUUAUCCUGUUUCAAGACUUUUAGGGUGUGUUGAAGUGGUUGGCUGUGUUAGAUGUGAAGAACUAGCAAGCUGGGAGGCGGUACCUGUAGGGGUAAGGUUAGAAGGACAAACAGAUUUUUGCUGGCUCUGUGAACAGCCAAAGAAAUUGCUAGUUCCAUUUGAGAUGCGGGGCUAUCAAGGUGUUUAUAACUUGGAAAAGAAGAUAUAUGAAGCUGCAGUUAGAGGUCUCGUUCCAGUUAAAGGUCCAAUGCCAGUAAAAUUUCUCCUCCCAAAUCCUCGGGAUCCUUUUUCCUUAAAACCAGGGUCUAUUUCAGUGCUAUUCCCUGGGAAAGCAUCUGAAGUGGAGAAAUCAUCAAGUCUCACAGCAGCCAUUGCUGGUGCACGUGCUGCAGCUACUCAGUUCAACAAGAAAGAUCAAGAUCUCUUAGCAAAUACUGUCCAGAAUAACAAUUCUAAUUCUAAAAGUGAUGAAAUGAAUGGUAAACCUUUGGAGGAACAUCAAAAGCCAAAGAGUAACUUAUAUGAAGGCUCUAAUGUCAUACCUUCAGUGUCAAAUGAGGGAGAGGAAAGCAGUAGCCAACGUCAAACUCAUGCAGAUAUGAAACAGCUUCCUGGAGCUCCUGCUAAGAUUUUUGCUGCUGCAGUUAGAGGACUGAAGCCAUCCUGAAUCCACUGUUGUUUGCUAUUGGGAAUGAGUGGCAUGCAGAAGUUAACUUCUGUUGCGAAGGUUCAACUCGGCUGACUGGUUCCCAUUUGUUGUAUUUCAUUCUUAGCGCCUGUACACUAAUUAGCAAUGUAUUUGGACUGAAACUAGUUCAUAAUGUGCUUAUAGAAUUGUGAUGAGAGGCAGACAUUUUUGCAUAGCUGAAAUUAUUAGAAGAAAUGUAUCUGGAUUCAUACUAGGCAACAUUGUAUUUAUUAGAAAUGGUCAGGAUGUGGAAACUUACAUAUGUUUUGAUCUGUAAGAAAUUCUCUUGAUCUUUCUGGUCA